CCCAGGAGUGUUUGUCACCUGCUCCCGACGACUUGUUGAUUCCCAGGAGUAUCGCCGUUUUGGUCUGUAAGUCGAGUCUGGACGAAGAGUUAGCUCACCUUGCCCUGGCGCAGCCUGGGGGUGCUCCUGAGCGGUUCCCGGGUGCGCGCACACCCCCAGCCUCACAGCCAUGAGCAAGUUGGGCAAGUUCUUUAAAGGUGGGGGCUCCAAGAGCCGAGCGCCUCCCAGCCCCCAGGAGGCCCUAGCCCGACUUCGGGAGACGGAGGAGAUGCUGGGCAAGAAACAAGAGUACUUGGAAAACCGAAUCCAAAGAGAACUCACCCUGGCCAAGAAGCACGGCACGCAGAAUAAGCGAGCUGCAUUACAGGCACUAAAGAGAAAGAAACGGUUUGAGAAGCAGCUCACCCAGAUUGAUGGCACACUAUCCACCAUUGAGUUCCAGAGAGAAGCCCUGGAAAACUCACACACCAACACCGAGGUGUUAAGGAACAUGGGCUUUGCGGCAAAAGCAAUGAAAGCUGUCCACGAAAACAUGGAUCUAAACAAAAUAGACGAUUUGAUGCAAGAGAUCACGGAGCAACAGGAUAUUGCCCAAGAAAUCUCAGAUGCAUUUUCUCAACGGGUUGGAUUUGGUGAUGACUUUGAUGAGGAUGAGUUGAUGGCAGAACUUGAAGAAUUGGAACAAGAGGAACUAAAUAAGAAGAUGACAAAUACCCGACUUCCAAAUGUGCCUUCCUCCUCCCUCCCAGCACAGCCAGACAGAGUACCAAGCAUGUCCUCUGCACAUCGGUCCCGAGCAGUAUCUUCCAGGAGGACAGAAGAGGAUGAUGACUUCAAACAACUGGCAGCUUGGGCUACUUAAACUAACAUGGAAAUUUUUUACACCUAUUUUAAUGAGCUAUACAUAAGACAUGAAAAAAAUGUGCCCAGUUCAGAAGCUUAAAAGACUGUUUUAUAUUUGCACUAGAGGAAUAAUUAAUUAUCCUUUAAGCCUCAAAAGUAAAAGUUAUAAAAGGAGUCUCAUGUAGACAGAAUCAGGGGUGGAAAGGGGCUUUCUGGCAGCUUCUUGGAGGAUCCCUUCUUACUGAUAGAGGAAUUCUACCUUCAGCACUACUGUAUUUCUAAUUCUGGCACAUAGUUGGUGCUCUCUGUGUAUUUGUUGAAAGAAAAUUGAAUUCUGUUAACACAAAAAGCACAUAACAGUUUAUAAUUAAUUUCGGAGAGAUAUGUGUAGGAUAACUGGGGGGAAUUCACUUGUUACUAUGCGAAUGCAAGUUUACUGGUUGACCCAUGUUAGCAGAGAUGUAGCCCAUGGUAACUCUAACCACCCCACACCUCUUAGGAGGGACUUCAUAUAGAGAUGUCUUGUAUGAGUCUAUCCAUAGGUAGUUUCACUUGAGUUUUGCAGUUUAAAAUCUUAAAGAAGCUUUAAUUGACAUUUAUUAUGCCAAUUAAGCUUGGAAUGGGGCAAUGGAUGCAUUUCCCAAAAUGUCUGAAAGCACUAACAGCUUACACUGCUGAGCAAGGAUCCCCUGGGUGUAAUUUAGCCACUUAGGAAGCUGCGUUAACACUCCCAGGCCAUUAUGAUGCUGUUAUGGCUUCAGCGUGCUAAAUGUGUGAAUGUGCAUUCUUUUCUCUUUUGUACUCUGUGAUACAUUUCUUUAUACUUUACAGCAUAUUUCUUGUAAAUACAUAAAAAUAUAGACAAUUAAAAGUUUACCUUGAAUAAACUUUUGCCCAAUAUUUUUUGUAAAUGAAAGUAAAUUACAUAUUUAUGUAUUGCCCAUAAUAUGUUGUAGACCGUAACAUGACAAAUAUUAUUGUAUGACGCAUCCUAGUAACCCCUGCACUUGCUUAGCACCAUGAUGAAACGGAAGGAGCACUAGACCCAGAGGUAGGAGUUCUGGAUUCCAGCCCCUGCUUUACCACUAAUACAUUAUGGCCAGGCAUGUCCUAAACUGAAUCUUGGCUUCUUCACAGGAAAUCUAAUAGUUGGACUUCAUGAGAACUGAAAAUAUCAUCCUUCCCACAGCCUUGUUCCAUAAGCUUUUCUCCUUGGUAAUUUUUCCACCCUCCACAAUACAGAGACCAAAUCUUACUGAUCCCUUAAAUCUUAGUUAAAGCACUUUGGGUUUGGGGGAUUUUUUUCCUGACUGUACAGACUAAAUCAAGACUCUCCAUUACCUGCCUUCAUAGGACUCUGCUUUCUCUCCUGUCACUUAUCCUGGCUUGUGUUGCACAUUUACCUGAAUGAUUACUAAACUAUUGUUGCUCUUCCCUGCCAGACUAUGGUAGCCAUGAAGGCACGAACUGUGGGUAGUUCAGUUCAAUGGUGUAUCCCCCGCACUUAUAUACAGUAGGCAUUCCAUAAAUAUUUAUUAAAUAACUAUUACAUUUGACAUCUUUUGAACCAUGAUAUAAUAAUAGUACCAACCUUCCACCCUCAAAAAAAUAAAGAAAUUGGACAAGAGUAUGAAACAAUAGACUGCACUAGAUUAUGAUUCCUGAGAGAAGAAAACAAAUGAAGUAUUUCCAAUGUCCAGCUGAGGUUGUGGUGGUGGUGGGGAGGCAGCAAGAAGCGCCCUGGAGGUCUGCAGAGAGCUUAUUGUUGGACAUGGACCCAACAUAACAUCAGAACCUUGUGGUGGGCCUUGGUUUGGGCAGUACUGUACUUUGUGCUUUGUAUUUUUAAAUAAAAUCUU